AUGGCUGUAUCCUACCCACAAGUCGUUUUGCUGGGCGACUCACUGUUCCAGUUCUCCGUUGAGACCGACGAGGGCUUUUCGUUUGAAGCGGCUCUUCAGUCGAGAUAUUCCCGUCGUUUGGAUAUUGUGAAUCGCGGCUUGUCUGGGUACAAUACGGCCAAUGUCUUGGAGUACUUUGAUCGCCUUUUCCCAAAGAAGACGCCAUCCUCUCCGGAAAUAAAAUAUCUCGUUAUUCUCCUAGGCGCAAACGACGCAGUCUUACCGCUCCCGAGCACUUGGCAGCAUGUUCCUCUUGAACAGUAUGGCGAGAAUUUGUGCAAAAUCAUUGACCAUCCACGCAUUCGCGCGCAUAAUCCCAAGAUUUUGCUUGUGACGCCGCCACCACUGGACGAGAUCAAGACGGCCGAGGACGAUAAGGCAGAGGGGCAUCCGUGCAGCAUCCGCCACGCAGCAGUCAGCGCCCAAUAUUCGCAGAAAGCGCGGGAUGUGGCUGCGCGAUAUGAGAAUGUGACGCUCAUUGAUUUGUACCAGGUGCUGAUGGACAAGGCCAUUGAUAUGGUUCCGGGAGACUAUGAAAAGGGCGGACCUUUGCCAGGCACGCCAGAGAAUGGCAAACGCGCAGGAUUCAAGAAACUACUUCCAGAUGGGCUGCAUCUAGGUGGAAUGGCGUACAAGGAAUUUUACAAGAUUGUGUGGCCUCAUAUUGGACAUGAGUGGCUUCAUCUACCAGAGGGAGACCGAGCUGGGUACAUGUUUCCAGACUGGAGGACAUUUGAGCCGAAGAAAGGAGAGUAG